GACGACUUGUAUGAAGGACUGUUCCCAGUUCCUCGUGGGGUUGUGAAUAUGACUGGUCUUAAAGUUCUGCCCGUACAGAUGGACUAGCUACUUACAUGGCCGUAUGUACAGUUCAAUCCUUCUUAUCAUCUUUGAGCAAGAAAAAUCAAAGCUUUAAUUAUUCUGCAUGACUUUUCAUGCAUUCACCAUCGUAUGGAAUACAUCAGAGUUUUUGGCCAAAUUUUCCACAAAAUUUAAUCCUCUCAACUUCCUAACAUUAUCAAACAUUAAUUUAAUCCUCUGAACAAAUUAAAGAAAGAUAGUUUUAAAAUUGAAUCUGAUCUGGAGAUAAAGUUGACAAGUAUUAUUACACGGCCGUGAUGUAUCUGAUGAUGUUGCUGGUGAUGUAUCUGGAUUGGCCGUGAAAUGGUAUGGAAUUUGUUUAUGGUUUUACGCUACACAAACUGAGUCGUUCUUGCUCUUAUCUGUUGGAGUUUUAUGAGUUGCUCUUAUCUGUUGGACUGUGCCUUGCCAUGAAUAGUGAAGGAUGGUCUUUCAUAUACAAUUCGAUCAUGAUAAUGUUUCGAGGCAUUUCAAAUUAUUCCACAUGUAAAUAGUUUUGAAUUCAGAGUUUAGUCUUUCAAUUUCAAGCUGGCAUAUGAUCUUUGAAUAUUAUCAUUCUAAUUUUCUGAAGGUAAAUAGAAAAAUUGCAUGUAAAUCGAACAAUGUUUCAUAAUCUUUUGUAUGGUGGUCCUAUUGUUGAUCCAAAGCCACAAGAACUUUGUUGGUCUAAUCUUUUUUGCAUGUAAUUAGAAGUCUGAUCUUUUGUGUGUAUACAAGCAACAAUAUCAUUUAGAUGCUUUUAAAACCCGCAGCAUCGCAUGGGCAAUUUUUGCUAGUUAUAACCAAAUGUAUGAAAUUGAAAUGUUAUAGAAAUGUUGUACGAGGUUACAAUUGGAGAGAUUUUUCAAUGUGACCGGAACAUAGGAUGGUACAUCACAUGUCACUAUAUAAAUGAUAGAGCAUGGGAUGAAAAAAAUUUCGUUAGAAUUGUACCAAAAUUUAAAGAAGUAAAUUGUAAUUUACCCUUUUUACUUUCACUUGCACAUUUACCUGUUUGACGCCCAGCUUAGGUGGGCGUAUUAUAUCCCAGUAAAAAUAUCACAUCCAUCAAAAAAAUUAAUUUUUCAUGUAUAUUAAUACAAUGUAUUUGAAGGAGCGACGAUUCCCAAUUCCAAGUGGGGUCUUAAAUUAACUUGUGUCUCUAUAGAUGUGGACUAACUAGUCCUAAAUAGCCGCUUAUUUUAAUCCAUCUUAUCAUCUAUGAAACUUUUGUCCAAGAUUCCAAGAGUCCGUCCGACGACUGCUACUCUCAUUGAUGUGCACCGAUUUGAAAAUGCGGUCUCAUGCCGUAGAGGAUGGUUUAGAAAAGGUGAGGCUCCCUAGUAUAUAUAGGUAGCACUACUCUGGAUCCUUCAUUGCUCAUACACAUCACCUGCUUCAUACACUUGAACUUUAUGGAGAGAACCAUGAGAGUUGUUUUACUGCUAAUCAGGUUUCUAGCCAUUGCAACCAUUACUUUUAGUAUUGGUUUAUGCAAUGGAAAUCCCGGUCGGCCUCCGCUUUGCAAAGAAAGCGAAAGACAGGCACUUCUGAUGUUCAAGCAAGAUCUCAAGGACCCUGCCAAUCGGAUUGCGUCGUGGGUUGCAGAAGAAGAUUCAGACUGUUGCAGUUGGAUAGGAGUUGUCUGUGAUCACAUGACCGGCCACAUCCAUGAGCUGCACCUUAAUAAUUCCGACUCUGAUUGGGAUUGCAACUCUUGUUUCGGUGGUAAGAUAAAUCCUUCUUUGCUCAGUUUAAAGCAUCUCAAAUACUUGGACUUGAGUGAAAAUAAUUUCAAUACAACACGAAUUCCCAGUUUCUUUGGUUCUAUGACAAGUUUAACACACCUUAAUCUUGGAUACUCAUGGUUUGAUGGAGUAAUUCCUCAUAAACUGGGAAAUCUCUCCAGUCUACGCUAUCUCAAUCUCAGUAAUUACAAUCUGAAGGUUGAUAACCUUCGGUGGAUUUCUGGUCUUUCUCUGCUAAAACACUUGGACUUGAGCCAUGUAGAUCUUAGCAAAGCAUCUGACUGGUUGCAAGUUACAAACAUGCUUCCUUCUUUGGCAGAGUUAAUUAUGUUUGAUUGUCAACUUGAUCAAAUUCCCCAUCUACCCAUCGCAAAUUUUACUUCCCUGGUCGUCCUUGAUCUUUCUGAUAACCAUUUUAAUUCUUUGAUGCUGAGGUGGGUUUUCAGUAUUAAAAAUCUAGUUUCUCUUCGUCUCAGUGAUUGUGGUUUCCAAGGUCCAAUUCCUAGCAUUUCACAGAAUAUCACAUCUUUGAGGGAAAUUGAUUUGUCAUCCAAUUCUAUUAGUCUUGAUCCGAUUCCCAAUUUUAUUCAGAAUAUGACCGGUCUUAAAGUCCUUAAUCUUGAGGAGAACAACUUCAAUUCUACCAUACCUGAAUGGUUGUAUAGCUUGAACAAUCUCGAGUCCUUACUUCUUUCUUACAAUGAAUUACGCGGUGAAAUAUCGAGUUCCAUUGGAAACAUGACAUCCCUUGUCAAUCUUCACUUGGAUGGUAAUCGGUUGGAAGGGAAAAUACCAAAUUCUUUGGGGCAUCUUUGUAAGUUGAAAGUUCUUGAUCUGUCAAAGAACCAUUUCACGGUUCGAAGACCAUCCGAAAUCUUUGAAAGUUUGUCUAGAUGUGGUCCAGAUGGAAUAAAGUCGUUGUCGUUGAGGUAUACUAAUAUAUCAGGCCCCAUUCCAAUGUCACUAGGAAAUCUGUCAAGCUUGGAAAAAUUGGACAUAUCUGAAAAUCAGUUUAAUGGAACUUUCACAGAAGUUAUUGGUCAACUUAAAAUGCUAACGGAAUUGGAUAUAUCUUAUAAUUCGUUAGAAGGUGCAGUGUCGGAAGUUUCUUUUAGCAACCUUACAAAGUUGAAGCAUUUCUUUGCAAUAGGAAACUCAUUAACUCUGAAAACUAGUCGAGAUUGGGUUCCUCCUUUUCAACUUGAAAUUUUGCGGCUGGAUUCCUGGCAUUUGGGGCCUGAAUGGCCGAUGUGGUUGCGGACACAAACGCAAUUACAAAUACUAAGCUUGUCUGGUACACAAAUUUCAAGUACUAUUCCAACUUGGUUUUGGAACUUAACUUCCCAAGUAGACUAUUUGAAUAUCUCUCACAAUCAGUUGCAUGGGCAGAUUCCAAAUAUAUUUGGUGCUCAAAAAAUUGUUGAUCUUAGUUCUAACCAUUUCACUGGUGCAUUGCCUAUUGUUCCCACCUCAUUAUAUUGGCUAGAUCUUUCCAAUUCAUCAUUUUCUGGAUCUGUUUUCCACUUCUUCUGUGAUAGGCCGGAUGAAACAAAGCAACUUUUGGUUGUUCAUCUCGGGAACAAUCUUCUCACUGGAAAAGUACCCGAUUGUUGGAUGAGUUGGCAAUACUUGAGAUUCCUAAAUUUAGAAAACAACAACCUAACUGGGAAUGUCCCAAUGUCCAUGGGAUACUUACAAGAGCUGGAAUCACUGCACUUGCGCAAUAAUCACCUGUACGGAGAAUUGCCACAUUCCCUGCAGAACUGUACGGAGUUGUCAGUUGUUGACCUUAGUGAAAAUGGGUUUUCCGGAAGCAUACCAAUAUGGAUAGGGAGAAGCCUUUCAGGGUUGCAUGUUCUUGACCUUCGUUCAAAUAAGUUUGAAGGUGAUAUUCCUAAUGAAGUUUGUUAUUUGAAAAGUCUCCAGAUAUUGGACCUUGCCCAUAACAAACUCUCAGGAAUGAUACCGAGAUGCUUCCACAAUUUGAGCGCAUUGGCUAAUUUUUCAGAAUCAUUUUCUCCAGUGCAUGCGGUUAUGGUUACAGAGAGUGCAAUCUUGGUAACGAAAGGGAUAGAAAUGGAAUAUAGCAAUAUUCUGGGAUUCGUAAAGGGCAUGGACCUUUCAUGCAACUUUAUGUACGGAGAGAUCCCUGAAGAACUUACCGGCCUCCUCGCAUUGCAGUCCCUCAAUUUAUCGAAUAAUCGCUUUACCGGAAGAAUUCCUUCAAAGAUUGGUAAUAUGGCACAGUUAGAAUCUCUCGAUUUUUCCAUGAACCAACUUGAUGGUGAAAUUCCUCCAAGCAUGACAAAUUUGACAUUUCUGAGUCACUUAAACUUGGCCUACAACAAUUUGACGGGACGAAUUCCGGAAAGCACUCAACUGCAGAGCCUCGAUCAGUCGAGCUUCGUCGGCAACGAACUAUGCGGAGCUCCACUCAACAAGAAUUGCAGCACGAAUGGGGUGAUACCGCCAGCAACGGUUGAGCAAGACGGAGGAGGUGGAUACCGUUUACUAGAAGAUGGGUGGUUCUACGUGAGCUUAGGAGUUGGAUUCUUCACGGGGUUUUGGAUUGUGCUUGGUUCUUUGCUGGUAAACAUGCCAUGGAGCGUUCUUCUUUCACAGUUGCUGAAUAGGAUAGUGCUUAAAAUGUAUCAUGUAAUUGUUGAAUAUGUUUAGCUUUGUUUUGUACUUUGCGUAAGUUUGUUGGCAUUUUCCUUGCUGUGACGAAUAUGCCAGUAUGGUUGUGUUUUAUGAUUUUGUCAAAUUUCGUCCUCUUGUUUCAUUGUA